UUUCAAAAUUGCCUCUCAAAGCGUGCGGAUGUACGCCGUCCGUACUCGCGUCGAGUGUUGGGUUUUGAAUUCUACCAGUGCUACGUAAAAUAUGCAGUGGUCAGCACAGUUAGGAACGUGAAACCAAAGCCAAGCUGAAACGCAAACGCAAACCCCCACCCGCACGAGACGCGCCACAAACACUUUCGCGCGUCGGGUGCAACCAACUAAUAUUCUAUUCAAUGAAACUGCAACGGUUUCGCAUACGUCAAGUUAAACUACUUUAGAAAAAAGUUUCCUUCGUGUGUUUUUUUUGUUCUUCUUCUUCUGUUUGUUCUUCGCCCCCAUUAAUUUAAACGCUAUUUAUGUAUUUAUCGCCGUCGUCGCUUAACUUAUUUAUUUAUUUAAAUUAUUCAACCUGUUUGCCACAACAACGCCAACAGCAGCAGUAAAAGGCAAACGCAAAAAAAAUAAUAACAGUCAACAAUCGUCAACAAAUAUUUGCUAGUUUAAAACUUACAAAAGUUACAAAACAAAAACGAAAAUUUGCACCAACCAUUCGCAAGCUUCUAAGUCCCUUAUUCUUCAUUCGCUAAGUAACUUAUUCGGUUUGGUUCGAGGUGUAAGUUUUCUGUAAUCGACAAAAGCUAGCACGCGAAGUAAAAAUCCAGCAGAGGUCAAACAAAAGUGCAUUCACGGGAGUGGAAGGCAACAGCGACAGUACAAAUUAUCAAAUCAUCCCCAUCGAGAGCGUAAUUAAAAGAAGAUCUACCAAAAAGCGAAAGUCAGCAAAAAUAUUAAAAUAAAAAAACGCAAACCCACCCUGUUUUCGAACGGAAAAGCGUAAUUUUCGACAAUAAAAAGAAAGACGACAAAUUGCAUCCAGUGAAAACCCAUCCCGGAAAUCAUCCAGAUCAUCAACGCCCAUCAAGUCAAGCUCAAAACAAAGUUAAAAGAAGUAAAAAACCAAAAUACGCAAAAUACAAAACACAAACCAAUCAAAGUACAAAGUAAAUUACAGAGGAAAUAUUUAAAGUAUUUAAUAGCGAAGAGUUUAAGAGAGAAACAAAAACGGAUAGCAAAACUACACGAAACUAAACCAACAAAACACAACAAACAAACAAACAAAAUCGUACCAAAAGCAAUCAAAUCGAACGAGAACGAGUGGUUCUCCCCACCCUGCCCCACGCAAUCAAAGUGUUCAGGAAAUCGUCGUCCGAAUUCCAAGCGCCGCCAACCAAAAAAUACGAAACCCAAAAAGAAAACAACUAAAAUUUUAACAAUUUACCAAAACAAAUCUUGUACUUGUACAAAAACGAGCGAAAGAGUGCGUGCGAGUGUGUGUCGUGAAGUGUUGUAUUUUUCGCCGGGGAGAAACGUGAAACGUAGUGACCUGCACUAUUUAUCGGAAGCAAUCCACUGAUCAGUUCGGUCGCGAUCGUGCUAGCCUUGUAAGUGAUAGUUCAACACGCCGAGAGGAGAAAAACAGCAAAUAAAUCUAAUCAUUCGAGACGGAUCAGAGUAUUUUUUAUACGUGCAAAAGCAAUUUUUCCAUAGCGUGUAAGUGCAGUGUGUCGUUUACAAUACCAAAAAUUAAUACAAAUCAGCAGAAGCAGUUCAGGAAGCGCCAGAACUACCUCUCUUCUCUCCCGCUCAACUGCGUGUGUAUGUGUAUGUGUGUGAAAAGUGUCCAAAUUACGCGGGUGAAGUGAAUUAUUUGUGUCUAAAAGGAGGUAAAAUAUAGAAACAAAAACAGUCCCUCUACAGACAUUCGGGUCGUUUCCCUCUAUACAGUGAACUUUUCGUUGUUCUAGUCGCGCGUCGCGAGUGUUCUCACGGUUAGGUAGAAGGAGGUGAGUGAUAGUCAAAGUAAAGGUUAAGAUAGGAAGGUGUGCAUUUGAGCAACCCCGAUCCCAGUGGUGAGUGUAUGAUCGUGUAAAGGACGACCCAAAGGCCCUCGCAAAGAUGCCGCACGGCAGCAGCGGGUUGCGAUUCGGAGCAUGACCUCGAUGAUGAGCGCUAGCACCGCGGACGACACGACCCAGCAGAGUCUACCGUCGUUCACGUCGUUCUCCGCCGAGCUGGAGCCCUCGUGGGACUACUACGAGCAGCGUCCGGAGCGUUCGAACAGUGCCACGAACGGGUCCACCGAUGUGAUUGCAUCGCAGACGACCUCUAACGGCAGCUACACGCGUCCUUGGGAGAUGGACACCAAGGAGAAUCGUAUGGCGCCCCCGAACGGGCCGCCCGGCACGCCCGGGCCACCGCCUCCGCCCACCCCGAGCGGGUUCGAUCAUGGCGGCUUCCCGAAGCUGCCCUCGUUCCAGAGCCAGUUUCACAGCUUCACCGAUCCGGCCAUGGUUACGCCGGAACCGAGCCUGCCGCAGGUGACGGCCGUCCCCGUACCGAUCUCACCGAGCUCCGCCUCACCCGGUACGGGCGGCUCGCUGACACAGCUAACGCAGCUGACACCGACUCCGCUGCCACCGCUGCCACAGGGUGGGUUUCACACACUGUCAGCGGUUAACUCGCGCCCGUACCCGAUCGUACCGGCCGCUAUUCCGGUCCGCGAGCUGGCCGGGAUCAAUCACCAUCAGCAUCAGUAUAUUGACGAGCGUCACAUUCAGCUGUACCAACCGAUGGCCACGUUCCAGGGGCAAACCAUCCCGACGCUCGCCGUCAUCAAGAAGGAGAUGGUGGACUACGAGAUGACGCCGCUCAACAAUGGUACCGCGUUGCAUCAUAGCAACUUCCAGAACCCACUGCUGGACAAUGGACUGUUCGCCCAGAACGGUACGGUGCACCACAUUCAGCACCAACCGACUCAGCUGCAGCACCAUCUGCAGCAUCAUCAUCAUCAGCAACAGCAGCAGCAGCAGCAGCAGCAGCAUCAGACCACGAUCAUUCAGCAUCAGCCACAGCUGCAGCUGCACCAUCAGCACAAUCUGGUGACACCGUCGGAUCACCACAACAACAACAACAACAAUGGUAGCGCAACUGGGCCGACCACACCGAGCAGCAAGAUGGGCAGCGCCUCGGUCCGGCUGGAACCGGGCACGCCGGGCCAGAUCACGCGCAUUGACAAUCGGAAGAAGGAGCGGCGGAAAAUCCGUGCCGCGUCGCUCGAGUCCAGUGCCGAGUCGGAGGGCAGCGCGAUGGAGAUCGGCGAGAGUGGCAAUCCGGGCCAGGUGGCGGCCAUCUCUAGCACCGCCAACUUCAAGAGCCCGAUGCACACGAUGAGUAUGGACACGGAUGAUGGUGGUACUCCGGGCGAGAAAUCGACGAAAAAGAAACGGAAGCGUUGCGGUGAGUGUGUUGGAUGCUCGCGCAAGGAUAACUGUGGCGACUGUGCGCCGUGCCGCAACGACAAGAGCCACCAGAUCUGCAAGACGCGACGCUGCGAGAAACUGACGGAGAAGAAGAUUCUGUACGGCCCGGACGGCCAACUGCUCAAGCCCGAGUCCCGCCGGGGGCGUGGAAAGGGCAGCAAAUCGAAGGCAGCAGCGGCGGCAGCGGCAGCAGCGGCAGCGGCAGGAGCCACGAACGGAAGCGCUAAUGGAGCGAUCGUGUCGUACGACGCUAACGGACAGGCCGUCCGUGCUGAUGGAAAGCGUGGUCGCGGACGAGGACGUGGUGGCGGGAGUGGCCGCGGUCGCAAGGCACUGAAUCUCGGCGCUACGCCCAAGAACUCGGUCCCGCAGAACUCGGCCGUCAGCCCAGCGCCGGCCUCGUUGCCGCAUCCCUCCCCGAACACUACCACGCCGGCGACGCCCAAUGUGCAGCAGGUGCCGGGGCAGCAACAGCAGCAACAGCAGCAGCAACAGCAACUGGUGACCGUGUCCGGCGCACAGCAGCCCGGAACAGCAGCCCCACCGACCGCUGCCAGUACCGCCAGCGCAGCCCACAACAGCAACAACGGUGUGCUGCUCGCGACCGGCAUCCCCAGUCAGCACCAGCACCAGCAGCAGCAGCAUCAGCAGCAAGCCCAGCUGCAGCACCAUCUCGCCCGCCAUCCGCCUAUACCACCGGGCGCACCACCGCCGGGCGGAGGAGGUCCUGGGAGCCUCCAACAGCAGCAGCAGCAGCAGCAGCAGCAACAGCAGCAGCAUCACUCGAUCAUCGUCAAGUCGGAACCGAGCGUCGAAGUCAUGAAGGAUCAGCCGCAACAGCCGAUGGCCCCAAUGGCGUUCUAUCCCACCUGGCAGGCUGACCCGUCGCAGGGCUGGCAGAAUCAGUUCAUCCAACAGAUUCCACAGAACACGCCCGCGAUUACACCGCUGAACUCGCUCGAGUUCCAGCCACAGGGCUAUGCCGCUUACCAACCGAACGGUUACGUCCAGACCGCCGGCAUCGGGUUCGAUCCCAACUAUGGUCGCACGUACGCCGCACCGCCCGCGGUCCAGCGCUACGACUUCCAGACGAACCAGAUCGCCCCGAUCAAUCAGGUGUCGCUGCAGAGCGUCAGCUUCGCGCCGACCGUCACAUACGCCGGCCAGGUGUCGACCGGUCCGGCCACGAUCGUGUCCGGUCACGCCGGCACCACCACCAACCCGCACGACCAGUUCAAUCUGCAGCUCGGCGGCAGCAAACAGCAGCAACAGUCCACGGCGGCUGCCUCGGCGGCGUCGGGAAACGACAUGCCUGGAUAUCCACGGGUGAACAGCGUACCGCCGCGCUCACUCAAUUGUAAUGGGUAUUCAGGCCAGCAAGACUACGGCGGUCUGCAGACAUCGACAACGACGACCACGGCCACCACGGCGGCCAGUGCGAACGGCAGUAGCAGCAGCAGCAGUAGCAGCUCGGCCGCUCCUACCACUGGCACCUCGUCCGCGUCCCCGUCUGCAGCAACGGUUGCGACUGCACCGAACACUGGCAACGGUGGCGGAAGCAGUAGCAACAACAGCUCCACUAACAACAACAACAACGGUAGCACCGGUUCCUCGUCCUCCAUGCAUCCGCCCCAGGGUGUGCCACAGUCGCCCAACCGGCAGCCACCGCGGCCCAACUCGAACAACCAGCAGCAGCAGCAGCUGUACGCCCAGCAGUCUCCGAACCCCUACAACGGAAGCGCCGGAGGUAGCGGAGGCAGUCUGCAGCAGUCUCCGAGCCACAACGGCAACAACACACCGGCGGGCGGGUACGGCAGCGGCCAGAGCGGCAUGCACACACCGUCCCCGAUGCAGCAGGGCACCGCAGCAACGGACAAUCAGCAUCAGCAAUCGCCCAGCCACAUGCAGGGAGACUGGGGCUGGACUCAGCAGCAACAGCAACAGCAGCAACAAUCCCAGUCCGGCACAGAUCUCUUCAACCAGUCCGAUCGGGUCAACUUAAACUCGCGACUCAAGACGAUGAUCAUGAGCAAGGGCGACCAGAAGGAUGCGCUACUGGCCGGUGGGCAAUCGUCGCAUCUCGUCGGUUCCCAUCUUGGACUGCAGCAGCAGCAACAGCAACAGACCGGCACACAAUCGACCGGUCAUUUUUUAUCGUAUAGCCACCAUCUCCGAGACAGCCUGACGCCGACACACCACCUGGGCGGUGGUCCUGGGUCGGCACAGUCGGCGUCUAGCGCGGGCCCAGGCUUAAUGCCCGGUGGCUCCGGCAGCAGCAACAGCUCGAGCAGUACUGCAGCGAACGACGGUACUACUAUCGGAGAUGGUGGCGGCAGCGGAGGAGGAGGAGGGGGAGGAGGAGGACUGAUCAACAGCAUCGGCAAUAUGGUUGAUCAGAGCUGGAAGCACCAGCAAGGUGCAGGAAGCAACAGCAAUGGCAGUGGCACUAACAACAGCAGUAGUACGUCGGUGGCAGCAGCGGCGGGCAUGAAAUCCCCCUCGCUCACUGACCAUCACCAACAACAACAGCACCAUCAACAUCAUCAUCAUCAUCAUCAUUCACAUCAUCAGCUGCAGCAGCAGCAGCAGCACGAUCAUCUGCUCGCGGGUGAUCUGCACCACGGUGCGAAGCAUUCGGUUUUUGAGCAGAAGCAGCAACUAAUCGACAAGAAUAAUACGGAUCCCGGUGGAGGCGGCGGCAUCGGUUCGCCGACGGGCGUCGGCAGUGAGCUGAAGGGCAAGAUGGGCAAGUCGGGCGGGUCUUCCUCCUCCUCGUCUGCGGCCGGCUCACCGUCCGCUGGGUCACCUUCGUCGAAGGCGAAGGGAAAGGGCGGCGACAAGCAUGGCAAGUCGAAGCAUGGCGGCCAUCACCAUCAGCAGCAGCAGCAACACCAGCAGCAUCAUCUCGACCAUCUCGGGCUGGUGGAUGGGAAGUCGUCCUCGAGCUACUCGAGCUCCAACUUUAUGAUGCAUCACGAUCAGCAGCUGCAGCUUCAGCAGCAGCAGCAGCAUCAAGGCUACUCCAACAUGAACCAAACAUAUCCAGGCAGUGGUUCGACGACCCCGAACGGUAGUCAUCAGACGUCUUCCGGGUCACUGCUCGGCUACUCGCCAGCCGGUGGAGCGUCCUCCAUGAUGGUCGACAGCAAGCUGGUGGACGACAAGAGUCCGUUGAAUCGCUUCCGGCACGACUCCCUGUCGAGUGGGUUCAAUCCGCAUCUGCAGGCGGGCGGUACUGGGACCUCCGGCGCUUUCCACCAUCCCGGGGGAUCAUCGGCCGGACAGUCGGCCGGAUCGGGCUACAAUCUGAUGAGCGUCAAGAAGGAGCCGGGUCUGAUGGAUGACGGUCAGACGGCGCUGCCCAAGUUUGACGGUGGGUACGAGAAGAACUAUCAGAACUUUAUCCGGUACGGUGACUACUGCGACAACACGCAAUCCCCUGGCGCGCAGGCAUCCUUACAGGCCGGUGUUGGUGGCGGCGCAGGAGGUGCCUCCGUGAAGAGUGCAUCCACAGACUACAACAGCUACUACUCGCCGUACGGUAGCUACUCGAGCUACUCGACCCAGAGCUACCCGAACUAUCACAACCAGCAGUCGUCGGCAGCGGCGGCCAGCGGGUUCGGCAGCGGCACGGGCAGCAACAGCAACAGCAACAGCAGUCUUCCACCAGCGCAAACACCGGAAGGGAAUGCGCUGCUCUCGCUGCCGGCCAUCAGCACCCCGGUCACGCACCAAACCAACUUCGAGCAGCAGAUCCCGGCCCACACGUACCCGAUCCCGAAGAACAACAGUCUGCUGCCCGCAUCUGACCAGGGCGUCUCGAUCAAGCUGGAGGCGGACGAUUCGGCGUACGGUGGAAGUAUGGGCAACAGCUCGGCUACGCUUGGCUCCGAGCCGGGAAGUGAUCCGGGCAUUGGCAAUCAAUCGUCGGGCAGUGGGACCGGUGCGCUGGCGGAGAUUGAUGUCGGUAGUCAACCGGUCGCAACGACAGUAGGUGGAACGACUACUACCACCACGACGACGACGACCACCAACACCACCACUGGCACCAAGUCCAAGUCGAAGAAGGGCGAGAAGAAGGACAAGGCGGCGAAGGAUAACAGCCACGGUGCGGGAGGUGACGGUGCCGAUGGAAAGGCGGAAGGUGGAGCCACGACCGGUGGUAGCACUACCAGCAAGAGCAAGAGUAAGAAGGAGUCGAAAAGCGUCAAGAAGGAACCGAUCGAUCCCGCCCAGAAGGCGGACGACGACAAGUUGGAGAAGUCGCACAAGCCGGAAGCGCCCGAUUGCGACUGUUUCAGCUCGGGCACGGACAAGGCACCGUCGGAACCGGGCAGCUACUACACGCAUCUCGGCUGUGCAGCGACGCUGGAAGAUCUGCGGCGGGAGACAGAACUGCGCGUCGGCCUGACCGGCAAGCAGCUGCGCAUCGAGAAGGUCGUCUACACCGGCAAGGAGGGCAAAUCGAGCCAGGGCUGCCCGAUCGCCAAGUGGGUGAUCCGGCGCGUCGACCCGGAGGAGAAGCUGCUGUUUGUGGUGAAGCGCCGGCAAGGGCAUCGGUGUAAGGCGUCCUUUAUCGUGAUCUGCAUCGUGGUGUGGGACGGCAUACCGACGCACGAAGCGGACAGCGUCUACCGGAUGCUGGCGGUGAAGCUGAACAAGUUCGGCCUGCCGACCGUCCGCCGGUGCGCGACGAACGAGAACCGAACCUGCGCCUGUCAAGGUACGAACGGACUCGAUCCAGAGCUGUGCGGCGUUUCGUACAGCUUCGGGUGCAGCUGGUCGAUGUACUACAAUGGGUGCAAGUACGCCCGCUCCAAGACGGUGCGCAAGUUCCGGCUGUCGGUGAAGAACGAGGAAGCGGAGAUUGAGGAGCGCAUGAACGUGCUGGCCACGAUGCUGAGCCCGCUGUAUGUGACCGUUGCCCCGCAAGCCUUCCAGAAUCAGGUGCAGUACGAGCGGGAGGCUCCGGACUGUCGGUUGGGGUUGAAACCGGGCAAACCCUUCUCAGGCGUGACGUGCUGUUUAGACUUUUGUGCCCACACGCACCGCGAUCUGCACAACAUGCAGGACGGCUGCACGGUGCAGGUGACGCUGCUGAAGCCGUUGCCGCCGGGCGUGAAGCCGGACGACGAGCAGCUGCACGUGCUCCCGCUCUACACGAUGGACACGACGGACGAGUUCGACAGCGAGGAGGGCCAGAAGAAGAAGCACGAAACCGGCGCCAUGCAAGUGCUGGAGAAAUUCCAGACGGAAGUUCGUGUCCGCUCGACACCGCUGCAGCCGUGCCGGAGGCAUGGCAAGAAGCGCGGCAACGGCAAGGACGAAAAGCUCGGCAAGGAUGGUUCGGAUGGAGCGGCACCAGACACGCCACCGCCUCCACCACCACCAACCAAGAAGGAGAGUAAAUCCAAGAGCAAAAAGUCAUCCGCAGCUUCGACCGCGUCGAGUGGCGGUUCCACCGCGAACAGUGUCGCAUCGCCUGGACCCGGUGGCAGUGGGUCAACGGGAGCCGGGGGAGGUAGUGGUGGUUCCGGUUCGGGAUCGCCCCGUGCCCACACACCCGGCAGCCAGAAGUCAACGGGCAGUGGGAAGGGCGGUAGCGGCAGUAACGGUGGUUCGUCCAAUGCCGCGCUCGAUCCGGUAACGGGCGUGCUGACGGAAAAGCACAGCUCCCCACUGCACGGACAGGGUGCCGGAGGUGCUGGAGGUGCUCUGGUAGCGGCCGGUGGUGGCAAUGGAGGCACGGGAGGUAGCAGUGCGUUCACCGCACCGAACACGAUCAACUCGCCCAACUCGCUCGCGAACAAUGGCAACAACACCAACAGCACGCUGAUCGAUAUGGCGUCCAUGAUCGAUAACUUUACGGACGCGCAGCUCCAGUCGAAUCAGAUUUCGAGCACGGUGCUCGACUCGCCGUACAGCUACGACUACAACACGGGCCAGUACAUCGACAACCGGCAGUACUACAACAACUGGCCGACGGAUUACUAUGGGAAUCGGGGCGAUCCGAGCAAGCUGGCCGGGUUGGGGCGGAACGAGGAGAUCCCGGACACGACGACGCGGCCGGGAAGCAAUAGCAGCAAUUCGGCGUUUAGUCCCAGCAUUCCGGAUCCGACGAAGACACCCACACCGAUCCAUAUGGAUGAUUACGGCAGUACGAAGCUGGGACAGGGACAGGUGCAUCAUCAUCACCAUCAGCUGCAGCAGCAACAGCAGCAGCAACAGCAGCAGCAACAUCAACAGCAGCAUCAACAGCAUCAACAGCAACAUCAGCAGCAGCAGCAUCAGCAGCAGCAGAGUCAGCAGCAGACCCAAAACACCUACCACACGCUGCAGCAGCCCGAGCAGGGCUUCGUGAAGCCCAAGCCGCCGGACUACAACCCGGCCGCCGGGUACGGCUACCACCAUCCCAACACACCGAUGGGCUACGGUUACCACCACCAUCACCAUCCGCCGUACCACCACACGCCGUACGAUCCGUACCAGAACUACAACUACGGCUAUCCGCCGCAAAGCUACCACCACCAUCACCACACGACAUAUCACAACAUGUAUCCGGCUGCGGCGGCCGCAGCUGCCGCCGCCCAGACGCAACUCCCGGGCACCGGCCCCGCCCCUCCACCGCCACCGACAGCGGUCAUUCCAGCACCACCGCCACCCUCCAACUGGAACCUGUACCCACCGCACCUCGGGACGGCGCCAUCCACCGCCCAACUGCACGUGGCAGCAGCCGCCGCCGGUGCGCUCGGCAAGCAGUCCGAGCUGGGCGGCGCUGUCGGGGCCGGCAUGAUGUCACAGUCGGCUGUCGUGCCGCAGGCGCCCGCUGCCCCCCCGUCAGCCCCCCUACCGCCGAAGGAAACGCUCGGCGAGGUGACGGAAACGAACGAGAAUCUCGACUGCUUCGAGGAUCCGCAGAUGGGCGGCGUGGCGAUCGCACUGCCCCACGGCAGCGUCAUCAUCGAGUGUGCCAAGCUGGAGAUGCACUCGACGACGGCGGUGAAAAAGCCGAACCGGCUGAAUCCGACCCGCAUGACGCUGAUCUUCUACCAGCACCGGAACCUGAACCGGCCGAAGCACGGCAUCGCGGAGUGGGCGGAAAAGAUGCGGCUGAAGAAGCUGGGCAUACCGACGAACGAUCCGCUGGACGAUAAGGAUAUGCUGCUGGAGGACGACAUCAAGGCGGAACCGCUCGACGAGCUGCACCAUAUGCGUCAUAUCGGUGAUGAACAUGACAUGAUGGACGUAGAGUAUCCGGGUGUCUAGUGGUGAGAGAAGGAUCUGCCAUCGAGGCCAACGACACUGGAUGAGCAGAUCGAGCGAACACAAGACGUUACCACAACA